CAGUGGGAGAAUAGCGGCUCUGCUGUUAAUACCAUAGGUAGUGCGCAGUGGUAAAGGCCUCCGUGCGUGCGGGCCGUGGUGAACACACACAACAGGUGUCCCGCGAUCAGCUCUCCCGCGGUACUAGGUACUCGGUCCUCCAUUUUGCUCCCCUGGGUGUUUAUUCCCCGUCGCCUUUCACUCCGGGACGACAAGCGUGCAAGUGCAAGAGGCACGGCCGAGCGUGGACGUGAACGCGUGUGGUGAACCGAGCGUGCGAAUCAGCAUAACAUGAUGUCGGAGACUGUGGUAACGAUGGACGGUUCCAGCAACAAUGCCAGCAACAAUCCACGGCAGGUACCGACGGUGAAGACCGAGCCGGGCCAACCGAACCCGUUGGCCGGCAUCCGAUUGAAUGUGGAUUAUUUCAAGACCAUACCCGGCAUCCUCAAACUCAUACAGCUGGGCCUUGGUAUAAUAUGUAUGGCGUGCUCAUCUCCGGCAUAUAAAAGUGCAACGCACUGGUUUCUGUUCGUAGCUGUAACGUCCUUCAUAGCUACGCUUAUAUGGAGCAUCAUAUAUUUCCUGUCCCUCCGGGAGGUACUUAAAGUGCCCAUAAAUUGGAUCCUAACUGAGCUUUUAAAUACAUCUAUAAUAGCUGUGCUUUACAUGAUCGCAUUCAUCGCCCAGUUGUCAGCUUGGAGUGCAUAUAGAACUUCACCAUCAACUUCAUCGAAUAUUGCUGCUGGAGUAUUUGGAAUCUUCAAUACCAUUGCAUAUGCCGCCGGGGCUUACUUCCUAUAUGUUGAAUGGAAGAGCACCAAUACGCAAUGAAUUCUGUUGCAUAGAGAGAUUAAGUCAGCGUUCGUCCGAGGAAAUUUUGAUCCUAAGAUUGUACUCGACAGAAAAGUCAGCGCUGAGAGGAACGGUUUGAAACUAGUCCGGCGUGAUUCUUCUCAGAUUGUGUGUAAUUUAAAAAAAGACUCUAUUCCCUACGUGCCUUAAGAUUACUUGUGAUCGCUGUCAUUAAAGCAAAACCCGAUAUUAUAUUGAGAAGGAUCGACGAAAUUACGAAGAGCGAAUGGAGUGUUAAGAUAUUUGUCUAAAGGCAAUAAUAUUACGCUAAAGUCUAUGCGAGCUCGUUGAAUUAUUUUAUUUGAAUUAACAAAAUAAAAGCGACGUCUAAAAU